AUGUCGCGAACAACAAUAUCUGCGGAGGACGUCAGCGACAAGGUCGUCUUUGCUGCCCCUGCAGGGGUUAAGACGAUUCACAAAACCACCUAUCCUACCAUUUCCGUUACUCGGCCUGAGCUGAGCCAGGCCGGCAAGACUAUCCUUGUCACCGGUGGCUCUGCUGGCAUCGGCCAAGGCAUUGUCAGGUCAUACGCCGAAGCUUAUGCUUCGCGAAUCAUCGUUACGGGCCGCCGCCGCGGCACUCUCGAAAAGUCCACUUCUGAGCUGGCUGCCGAGUUCCCUAAGACAGAGUUCAUAGCUCGUGUGAGCGACGUCAGCAGUCUCGAAGACACGGCUGCUCUGUGGUCUGGUCUCGCGGCUCAGGACAUCACCGUUGACGUCCUGGUAUUGAACGCCGCUGCGCUGGGCGGCCCUGGCGCUCUCAUCUCGUCCAGUCUCGACAGGGUUUGGGCCGAAUAUGUCACCAACGUGCGCUCGCAGCUCGACUUUGUCCAACGAUUCCGCGCCCAAAAGGGUUUCGAGGAAAAGAAGAAGUACCUCGUGUUCAUUACCACGGGCGUCAUCCACAGCCCGGGCAUGGACAAGGCGAUACCCUCAUACUACCUGACAAAGCAGGCGAGCCAUUCCCUCAUCCAGACGCUAGCCGACGCAAGUGAUCCUCAAGUACUUCAAAUCAACAUGGUGCACCCCGGCAUCAUCUACUCCGAGUCUGCUGCCAGGGCUGGCAUGGCCCUUGAUAGUCUUCCUUUUGACGACAUGAAGCUGCCGGCGGAUUACAGCGUGUGGGCGGCCACGCAGGAGGCGGCGUUCCUGCAUGGCAAGCUCGCCUGGGCCGCCUGGGAUGUGGAUGAGCUUCGCUCGGAAGAGUCGAAGAAGGCGUUUGAGAGCAACCCUCACCACCUCACCAUCCGCGUGGUUGGUGUCUAG